UAGUGGUUUUUUUAUUGAGAUUAAGUAAACUUUUCUGGAUUCAUUGACAAUAAUAGUAAGUUUAAAUGUAAAACUAUUAAUUUACGAUAGCAUAAGUCACAUUAACUAACGAACUACAACCUCAGAGAGUCCUCAAAUACAUGUGUUAUUUCUACCAAAUUUCUACCGGAAGGUAGUGAAGGUGUAGCUUGUUUAUGAACACAACUGUAACCAAUUACCAAGUUAAUCAUGGAGGAAGAAUUGAAGCAGUUAAAGACGGUUCUCCGAUCCCUGGUGGUGUCCAGUCCGUCUCAAGUGGACGUGCGAUCUCUGAUGCGGGAUUAUAGAGACAUGAUGGGUCAGCAAAUACCUCUGUCUAAGUUUGGAUUUAGAGACCCCGUGUCUUUUCUCAAGAAGCACUUUGCGGACUGUUUCCUGUUCCAGGGACCAGACUCAAACCCAACACUGACUCUAAUUGUACCAGAAACUUUAAAACACAUUGAUCAGUUUGUACAGAGACAGAAACCGUCACAUAGUGCCAAAAUAAAAGGAAAAAGGCGAAGUGUUAACGAAACAGUGCUCAAACAAAGUACGCCUACAAAAAACCUGAUCGCAACAACAUACCAAGUACAGAAAACUAUUGAUAAGGAAACCCCCAUAUACAAAAAACCAACAGAACAAAACAGAACAUUUUAUAAGACUGAGCCUGUAAGGUCAGAAAGUAAGAAUGAAAUAAACUAUACAAAUAAUGUUAUGUACAAGAAUAAAUCUACAAAUGACUCUGCAUUUAAGACUCAAACAAACAUAGAAUGUAAAUCAGACGAUCAGAGAAGACCGAAAACUAAUCCUGUACAUACUGUACAUGAAGACAGCGAACAGAAAAAUUAUAGAACCCCUAAAACCUCCACAUCUGAUAAAGAAAAUGAUGCGGUCAGUGACCAAUGUCACAGCUCUGCCUAUCUCAACUUCUUGAAGAAGAGAAUGCCUUUUGUUAAUGUGAAUCAAACAGAGAGAACUGACUGUUCGGAUACAGAAGACAGCUAUUCCGCCAGACCCUUGUCAUCUAGCACAAGCAGCUCAAAACGGGCUCAGCUGGAGGAGCUGCAGAGGGAGCUCUCGGAGAUGAUCCUGCAGGAGCCCGGCGGGAUUUUGUGCACGGAACUGAUGCGGAAAUACAGGCAGCGGUACGGUCGCGAGCUGGAGUUUGCGCGGUUCGGGUACACGAGCGUACUCAGCGUCGUAGUGACGUUGCCUGACUGCGCCGCGCACGCCCUCCACGAGGACUGGCUGCUGACGGACGCGCGCGCGCCGCCGCCCCGUCCCACGCCCCGCCCCCCGCACCGAGCCCCGCCCCGCGCCACGCCCACCGAUCCCGAGGACGCGCUUCCGUUUACUGAUUUCGAGCCGGACGUGUUCCCCCCGGACUGCAUGCACUACAUGGACAGCAUCCCCCCGGCUGACCUGGGCGCGGUGGACGCGGGGGACAUGCUGGAGGUGAUGGUGGGCGAGGUCUACUCCCCCUCCCACUUCUGGCUCAUCCGCCUCGGCCAGGAGUACGAUAUCGCCAUGGAGAAUCUCAUGGAUGAGAUGAAUGAGUACUUCAAGUCCGGCGAGGGCCAGUCUCGGCGGCUGGCGCUGGGCGCGGUGCGCGCGGGCCACUACUGCUGCAGCUGCUACUGCGGCGACUGGCACCGCUCGCUCAUCGUCAAGGUGCUCGACAGCGACACUGUCAAGGUGCGUCACGUGGACUACGGCACGGUGGAGACAGUCCGCGCGACGGAGCUGCGGCCGCUGCUGCGCGUGUGGGCGGAGCUGCCGGCGCAGGCGGUGCGGGCGCGCCUCGCCGCCGCCGCGCCGCCCGCCGCCGCCCGCCGCUGGCCGCGCGCCGCCGCCGCCCGCUUCCUCACCGCCGUCACCGACAAGCGGCUGGUCGCUAACGUCGUCGCCCGCGAUCAUCAGGAGGACAUUCUGGAGGUGGUGCUGGUCGACACGUCGACGGAGGAGGACGUCAGCAUCGGCGAGCUGCUGGUGCGCGCCGGCCACGCCGACCCGCGCGCCGCCCCCGCCACCGGGAGCGACGCCGCCUACCUGUACCCGCUGUUCGGCGUGCUGGAGGCGGGCGACACGCCCAACUACGCCGAGAUACAGGCGUACUUGCGCAACGGCAUCGCGCUCGACUACGUGGAGGACUACCGCCGCCACGUGCCCGCCGCCGCCCCGCCCCGCCCGCCCCCCACCGCGCUCGUCAGCCCGCGCCCCGCUCCCGCCCCGCCUGCCGACCCGCCCCCUGCCGCGAAGCCCGCUCCCGCUGCGUCGCCCGGUGUCGCCACACCUCCCGCUUCCGCCGCACCUCCUCCCUCCUCACCCGCUUACGCCGCUCUCGCUUCUGCCGCCUCCGCUUCCACCGCAUCUAUUUCCACCGCCCCCGCUCCCGCAGCCGCGGCCGAGCCCGAUGCCGUGACGCUAUCGGCGGCGGACUGCGAGGUGUUCGCGCUGCUGAGCCAGAUGGACGCCGUCGUGGCGCAGCGGUUCAUAAUGUGGGCGAUCCAGCGCCGCCAGAACACCUCCGCGACGCCCCUCAACCCGCUCGCGCCCGAGUUCCCCGCCCCUUCUCGCACGCCCGUCCCGCCCGUGCGACCUGCGACACCCGCGACGCCCGUGCAGCCGGACACGAGCACGGCCGAGCCACCCGCGCCGCCCGUCACCCCCGCCCCGCCCCACUCGUCGCCUGUCACCCCCGCCCCGUCCCACGCUGAGCGAUCUUUCUCGGUUCAAGCGAUUAACGGUCUUCGAAAGCCCGACCCCGGUGCGGGCGGGGGAGACGGCCGCGCGUCGGCCCCGCCGGCGCCGGGAGCGUGUCGCCCCGGCCCGCCCCGCCCGCCGCCUGUUCCUGCGCACGGCGGGUACGCCCCUGAGCAUCGAUUCGCCUCGUCGAUGGUGUUCGGGCCGAGGUUCUCGUUGGGCUGGGGUCAGCAGGUCGGGUAUGGCCCUCCGCAACCCCCCGCCGGGUUCGGCCCGCCGCAACCCCCCGCCGGGUACGGCUCGCCGCAACCCCCCGCUGGGUUCGGCCCCCCGCAUCCCCCUGCCGGGUUCGGCCCCCCGUACCCCCCGGCGGUGUACGCCCCCCCCGCGCCCCCGCACGCCGCCUACAUGCGAUACGCGAACUUGCGCCCUCCGCCGGGCUUCGAGAGGUUUUACUAA